UGGAAAAACCGGUCAGAGUUGCAGUAAUCAGGCUUUGCCUUUUUUUUUAAUGAAAUUUGCAGCAAGACUAUAGAUGCUUCAAGGCUUCCAAAAAUACAAAGUAAUCUGGUCAAAACUUUGUGUGAGCUUGAGAAGUAUUUUCCGCCAUCUUUCUUCGACAUAAUGGUUCAUUUAACAGUCCACUUGGUUAGAGAAGUUGAACUAUGUGGACCGAUUUGUUUUCGAUGGAUGUACCCUUUCGAAAGGUAUAUGAAGGUGUGCAAGGGGUAUGUUAGAAGUAAAAGGCAUCCGGAAGGGUGCAUUGCUGAGUGUUAUAUAGCUGAAGAGGCGAUUGAUUUCUUAGCUGAACUUCUCCUUGAUGACAAGACUGUUGGCAUCCCAAAAGAAAAAUACAUAGUUGACAAGCCUACCUCUGGUGCAACUGUUGAGUCAGUUUAUGGCAAAGAAUUUCAGCAAGCUCAUCUAUGCGUGCUUCAAAACACUGAUGAAUUUAGAAGCUACUUUUUGGAACACAUGGAGCAUUUGAAGAGGGAGUUUCCCAAGUACAAAAAGAAUAAAAAAUGGCUGCUGGACAAACAAAACAAGACUUUUGGCCAGUGGGUGAAGGAGAGGGUUGAAUCACAGCUUGCAGAACCAGGUUGUGACAUCCCAGAGAUUGUGAGGUGGCUAGCAGAUAAACCAAGCAAUGAAGUCCCGAAGUUUAGUGGUUACCAAAUAGGGGGGGUUCCUAUUUUUAAGUGUGAUUGGGUAGAGAAUCAAAAGGGUGUUAGAGUAGAUGAUCUUGGGUUCACUUUGGUUAAUCUGAAUAGGAAAGGUUAUCUAAACGAUAGUUUUGUUUUAGGAAAAAGUGUGGAGCAAAUAUUUUAUGUUGAAGACCCUGUAGAUCGUAGGUGGCAUGUUGUGGUGAGAGUCCCAAAAAGAGACUACCAUGAAUCUGUUGAGUAUGAUGAUGUUGGGGACACCAUUCUUUCUCACCCCCCCCCCCAUCGCAACCACGAUGCCUACUAUUCAGUCACUUGA